UCGGUCAAGAUGAUGCACAUGACGUUUUACUGGGGGAAGGACGUGACGAUCCUGUUCGAUUUCUGGCGCGUGCACACAUGGCUGUGGUACGUGGUGUCGUUGCUGGUGGUGUUCCUCUUCUCCAUGCUGCAUGAGUGGUUGGCUAGCCAAAGAUCGGCAUUAGGUGCGAAAGCGGAGAAAGGUCGCAUGGAGGAUGGCGAUGAUGCCCGAAUUCCUUUGAUUGGCACUUCGGGUCGGAAAUGUUUAUUCACCAAGGUGUUGGAGGCUUUUCUGUUUGGCGUCAACGUAGGGUUAGGCUACAUGCUGAUGCUCGCGGCCAUGUCAUUCAAUUGGGGUGUUUUCUUGGCCAUUGUGGCGGGGCUUGCGUUUGGUCAUUUCUUUUUCCGCAGCAACAGCCCCGGAGGUGAUAGUGCAUGUGGAGCGAUGUAAGCAGUAUUAAAUUGACAACUGCGGGGCUCUAUUCUCGAAGAAGCAAGCUUAUUGCUGUGGUGGUGUCAAGUAGCCAGAUUCGAGGGCGCGUGUCCACGAGGGUUUCGUGAAGUCAGACGAGACACUUGUAACGCGCAAUCGCAUCGAAUAGGUUCGAGUUUGAAUGUGAUAGAGAGCAUAUAAUAGAUAGUAGCUCGAUUUGUUCAUAGUAGAGCUGUUGUCUCAUGAUCUAAUGCCGUAUAUGUGUGCAGAUUGUACUCGAUUCGUACAAAUAAUUAGUACUCUUUACCAAUCUCAUCGAAACUCUGUCAAUUUU